AUGGGCAGGCCGCCCAAAACAUAUGCCACUUUGGCUCCGCUCGGUAAUGGGACAGGAUCUCCGAGCGUGGGGUUAACUGCCGAAGAUCCUAGCCUGACCUAUAGCACACCAGAUGCGCUGGGAGCACUGGAAGCCAGCAACAUGUGCCCUGCAAUUUACAAGACCUUCAUGCAGAAUACGUAUGACAUUCGGCCUGGCCCGUUCAUGAGUGAUGGACCCUUGUUAGGAAGUAGUGGGUUCCUACCAAAUGCUACACCAGAGCCACCUACAGCUACACCUGCGGCAGCUAUACCUAACGAGAUAGACUAUUCUUCUAUCUCAUCGAUGCUUACACCCACACCAGGGAUGACACCAAGCACAAGCACGGAUACAAAUAUAACUUCAAGUACAAAUACAAGUACAAAUACCACCAACUCUGGCCCAUCAGGUUUCCCCCAGAUGCUCGCCCCAUGCCCCUGUCUGUCCCACCUAUACUUAUCCCUAAGCUCCCUUGCAACACUUAACUCAUUCCCCCUCUCCCCCAACACCCUGAUAACACUAUACAACGCCUCUAAGACCGCCAUCGGGGUCCUUAGAUGUAACGUCUGUCCCACUGCUUAUAGUUCUGCAGUUCAGAACCUGAUGCUCCUGGGCACCUUGCUCACCUGCAUAGCCAAUUCAUGGCUCGAGAUGUCGUUACGGGACGGCCAACAGCUGGCCAUAGAAACCCUUGACCGGUCGUCCCUUGACUCGUUGCCGGCUGACGAAGCGGCCCGAACUGUCUACUUCAAGAAUUGGCUGCGUGAGCUAGUACGGUAUGGUGUGAUAGGGCAUGCAACCCCUCCCAACGCACCUCUUGUGCAGAGCCAGUGUGAAGAGAGUCCGAAUCUGCUCGGGCUGGUAGAGGAGAUGGAGGCGCGGCAGAGGCGGUGGCAUGCUGAGCGCCUGCCGAUGGUUAAUCCUAGUUGUCCACGGGAGGAUGAAAACGGUUCUUCAUCAAAUAACGCGGCUGCCACUUCCACUGAUGAUACGACCACCGAGCCGAAAGAUCCUGAUUUCCUAUGUUUGCGGAUAGCUGGUAAUGCUAGACAGAUCAUUGAACGGCUCGGAUUCAGCGCAGAGGAGUUACGGAAUAGAAACUGA